AAAAAAUAUUAAAUUCUCUUUCUAAAAUCAAUUUAGCUUUUCUCUUUCGUUUCGUAUUUUUUUUUCAAAAAAUAGCGUCAGAUUUUUCUUUAAAUCUGAAUUCACUUUAAAGGUGCGUUUCUUAUUUAAAAUAUAAAACUAAAUUUCUCGGUUGAUUACCUUCCAACAUAAAAAGCUGCUAUCAAACAUUUCACGUCCCAUUACACAUGCUGUGAAGCAUAUCAAUGGCGACGAAAAAGACAUUUCUUCCGCAUAAUCUUAAUUCUGAAAUGAAGACAAGGUGUUAACCCAGCGUAAAAGAUGGUAGAACAAGCUGUGAAGAUAUGUGAAAAUAGAUUUUUAGUAAUUUGUUUAACGAACAAGUUUUCAUACCGAAUCUUGUUUGUAGGGUUGGAGCAAAAAAAUUUGUGCUUACGAAAAAUUACAUAAACAUAAAUCGAUAGCGAAGUGUUUCAUUGGAAUAUGUUUGCACCAUUAUGAAGGGAGAAGAACGAUACCCCCUGCUUCUUUUGUUGUUCUUGCCAUUCUUCGGUUGUUCUUCUAUAAACACAUUGUAUAAAUUAAAAGACAAGUUGGUUAACAAUGCAAUGCAUGAAUGGUUGUAUAAAGAUCUUUAUAGGUCCUUACCUGAGUUAGGAAUUCACUACGCCGCUGUUAACCGUUCAGUGCAUAGCCCGCACCAGUUAGCUAAUCGUAUCAAGAACGUAUUUUAUCGUGCUGUGAAUGGCGAAAACAUAACAGUAGCUGUGCUAGGGGGUUCGAUAUCUGCUGGGGCGACAUUAUAUAAGGAUAAUAACGAAGAUAAAAUAUUUUUUUACGCGUUGAAAAAAUUCUGGAACGACGUUGUGUUUCCAAUUACUGGUUCAAAGAUGUUGAUGCGAAAUAUUGCAAUUGGUGCAAUUGGAAGUGAUUUUUACUCGUAUUGUUUAGAAAAUUAUGUUCAAGGAAAUGAAACAGAUUUAGUGAUAUGGGAAUUGUCUGCCAAUGAUUACCACCGAUUUGACAACCGAGACGUUCCACCAACUUUACCUCUAGAAUUGUUAACACGAAGUAUUUUGCGAUUAGAAAAACAACCAGGUGUAAUAUACGCUCAUUUUUUUCGCGGAAAGGAUUAUAAGAAAGAAUUGGAGUGUAAUAACUUGGAAUCAGACGGAGCAAAUUAUUUAUCGAUGUAUUAUAAACUCCCCUCUGUUAGCUGGAGACAGCUAGUUUGUAGAAGACUCGUUGCAACCGAGAGGUUGAGUUUUAAAAAGCUUUUCGCUCGAGACUCAUCCCAUCCUAGUGUUCUUGGCCAUGCGCAAAUGGGGUAUCUAUUGAUUCAUUUGUUUCGUAAAAUGUUUUUGCGUGUUAUCGAUGAUAUAAUUCUUACAACGUCAGAAAAGUUUACCGAUUCAACAGAUUUAAAUUUACUUGAAAUAACCGUUGAACCGAUACCGAAACCAGUUUUUAUUAAAACACAACUUGUUGCUGAAGACUCAAUUUGUUUCACGUUUAAUUUACCCAGUAGUGGUCAAAUGCCUCAUAAUCGUAAAAAAAUGUUACGCGUAAUUCGUAACGAUGGUUUCGUCAUUUCUACCGCUCACGGUUUCUUGGUACGUAAGGACAAGACUGAAGGACUAAGAACUAAAAACCCCAACGUAGAGUUGCAUUUACAAAUAAACGUACCGAACCACGUGGAAAGCUCGUUGAAAGAUUGGAUGAUUUUAAUUGGUUCAUAUUCCAACUUUGGUGGUGCGGUAUUCUUUUUGGAUAGUAAAUACAGUCGUGUCAUCGAGACGGAGAAAUAUGCUUAUGGAAGCAUUGUAGCCGCAGUAGCCACACGUGUACAGCCUGGAAAGCACGAUCUAGUUAUAAGAUCACUCAAGAAUGGAUUUUUCUUAUCUUCAAUUAUGUUGGGAUAACAUCAGAAAAAAA